AUGGUUGGAAUGGGACAAAAAGACUCUUACGUCGGGCACGAAGCUCAAGUAAAACGAGGAAUAUUGACACUGAGAAACCCUGUCCAACACACGGUAGUCACUAACUGGGACGACAUGGAAAAGCUUUGGCACCAUACUUUCUACAAUGAACUCAGGGUUGCGCCAGAGGAACAUCCUGUUCUCAUGACAGAUGCUCCCCUCACGCCCGCCAGCAAUAGAGAGAGAAUGACCCAAAUUGUGUUCGAGGCUUUCAAUAGCCCUGCCUACUAUGUCUCAGUCGCUGCAGUUCUUGCACUUUAUGCCAGUGGCCUCACAACCGGCCUUGUUAUCGACGCAGGAGAGAAAACUACUCACGUGGUGCCAGUUUACGAGGGUUUUAUGUUACCUCAUGCGGUCAGCCGAGUCGAUCUUGCUGGGCGGGAUCUUACCGAUUAUUUGAUGUGGAUCUUAGCAGAAAGAGGCUAUCCUUUCUCCACUACGGCUGAACGCAUGAUCGUUCAAGACAUCAAAGAGAAAUUGUGCUAUACCGCAUUGGACUUCGAGCAGGAGGUUGUUACCACAGCUGGGGGAGCCAAUGAACCGGAUGUUAGCCGCCGUUCCUCCAUACAAUCCAACUCAAGUGGCCUAAGCGGGACAUCCAUGAAUAGCGCCUCAUCGGAUUACUCAGCAGCGACGGUUACGAGUGAGGUCUCGGAUCAUGCGUCUUUCAACGAUCUUUACACGGAAGUUCGACCGAUAAUUCGAUUCGAGCGUCCUACCGCAAGAGCUGGAAACCUAGAGAAGUCGUAUGAAUUGCCAGAUGGCCAGGUUAUUACUAUCGGCAACGAGCGCUUCAGAGCACCAGAAGCGCUAUUCCAACCUUCGCUCGUGGGUCUCGAGUCUGUUGGACUGCAUGUGGCCGCGUUCAGUUCGAUUGUCAAAUGUGACCGCGACAUAAGAAGAGAACUAUAUGGGAACAUUGUGCUGGCUGGAGGAAGCACCAUGUACCCUGGUUUCGGCGACAGGAUGCAAAAAGAGAUGACAGUAUUAGCACCUGGCGGGAUGAGGGUGAAGAUCAUUGCGCCACCCGAGAGGAAAUACUCUGUUUGGCUUGGGGCCUCGAUCCUCGCAUCGCUAUCGAGCUUCGAACAAAUGUGGGUGUCCAAACAAGAUUAUGAUGAAUCUGGGCCAUCUAUCGUGCACCGGAAAUGUUUUUGA